GCUUUGAACGUGAAGAAAGCCUUUACCGUUUGUUUUCUCUCUGCUACAAGUAGCGAAGAUGAUGACCUGGAAAAUGGCGACCUGUGGGAGGACGCAAAUGAGGAUAACCAGAAUGAUGUGGAAUUCAUCCACAGCAGCUGCAGGCAAAAAUGACUUCAGUGCUUUGCACAUUGACUGCAGCUCGUUGUGCGAGAUGGACUUAAAGAUAUACAAGUUCUGAACAGUGCAAUGGCAAAGGUGACAAUAUUUGACAGCACUCUGCGCCUUGUUGAAACAGUCACUGACUUGGAUCUUCAAAGCCUGAAUACACUCCUGGACACCCAAGGGCAUAAAGAUAUGUGUUUAUCAGCCAGAGAAUGGGGUCAGCUGAAAGAACUUGUGGAAAUGUUGGCCCCAUUUCUUCAAGCAAUGGACCUCACUCAAGGGAAGAAAGUUGUGACCCUUAGAGCAGCCCUCACUUGUGUACUGUCACUUAACUGCCAUCUCAUCAGGAUGUUGAUUUUGAAUGACGCGGCAGUAGAGCUUCCAUUUGGGGACAUUGUCUACUUGAUGUCAACAUUACUCGAUCCAUCAUUCUGCCUCUUUUGGCUAGAGCAAGAUGUCCAAGCACCAGAUGAAGUGAAGAGUGAAGUCAAGGAGAUGAUGAUAGACCUGGUCUUGGCUGAGGCUCGGAAACUGAAUGUACCUGAAAGCAGCAGUGGAGACAAUGAUCAGGAGGAGUCACCACCUGCUAAAACUCCACGUCUUUUCUCUGGCUACCGGAAGAAAAGCACCAAGAAAAGUGUGGAUCAUGGCUCAUCUGUCCAGGCUGAGGUCAUCGGCUAUAUCCAGGUAGCAUCUGAUGAAGAUGAAGUGGACAGUCUUGAGUUCUGGAAAAGACAGUCCGAUGCAUUCCCGUGA